AUGAGUGGGCUAUUGGACGCCAGGGCCUGUGCAGUCCCUGGAGAGGCCUCUGACCUUAAGUCCCCCCUGGGCUGCAGGCUCAGAGAGCCUCUCACCGAGGCUCGGUUUCAGCAGCUCUUCGGGGGCGCAGAGCAGGACCGGGAGCUACCCGCGGAGCCCUGCUUGCCCAGGCUUUACAGAUCGUGGAAGCGGCGGGCGGGCGUUUGUUCCAGGUCGGGGGCGUGGCGCCUUCUGCUGGCUCGGCUGCCCCCGGUGCGCUGGCUGCCCAACUACCGCGGGCGGGCCUGGCUGCUCGGGGAUGCGAUGGCCGGAGUGACUGUGGGCAUCGUGCACGUGCCCCAGGGCAUGGCUUUUGCCCUCCUGACCUCCGUGCCCCCAGUGUUUGGACUCUACACUUCUUUUUUUCCUGUCCUCCUGUACAGCUUGUUGGGUACUGGGAGACACCUGUCCACCGGAACUUUUGCCGUACUCAGCCUCAUGACCGGCUCCGUGGUUGAGCGGCUAGUGCCCGAGCCCUUCGGGAGGAACCUGAGUGGAAUCGAGAGGGAGCAGUUGGAUGCUCAGCGGAUUGGGGCAGCCUCGGCCUUGGCCUUUGGGAGUGGGGCACUAAUGCUGGGAAUGUUCGCGCUGCAGCUCGGCGUCCUGUCCACCUUUUUGUCGGAGCCUGUGGUCAAGGCGCUGACCAGCGGGGCCGCGUUGCACGUGGUCGUGUCCCAACUGCCGAGCCUUUUGGGGUUGUCUCUCCCGCGCCAGAUCGGCUGCUUCUCUCUCUUCAAGACGCUGGCCGCCGUGCUGACGGCGCUGCCCAGGAGCAGUCCAGCCGAACUGACCAUCUCGGCGCUCAGCCUGGCGCUGCUCGUGCCGGUCAAGGAAUUGAACGUGAGAUUCCGAGACCGGCUGCCUACUCCCAUCCCAGGGGAGGUUGUCAUGGUGCUUCUGGCCUCCGUCCUUUGCUUCACUUCUUCCCUGGACACAAGAUACAAUGUCCAGAUAGUGGGGCUGUUGCCUGGAGGAUUUCCUCGACCCCUCCUCCCCACGCUGGCCGAGCUGCCCAGGAUUCUGGCGGACUUGCUGCCCAUCGCCCUGGUUACUUUUGCUGUGUCCACCUCCCUGGCCUCCAUCUAUGCAGACAAGUUUAACUACACUAUUGACUCCAAUCAGGAGCUCUUGGCACAUGGUGUCUCCAACCUCAUCUCCUCCCUGUUCUCCUGCUUUCCCCACUCAGCCACACUGGCCACCACCAGCCUACUAGUGGAUACUGGGGGCAACACACAGCUGGCAGGCCUCUUCUCCUGCUUAGUGGUCCUGUCAGUGCUGCUGUGGCUGGGGCCCUUCUUCUACUAUCUACCCAAGGCUGUCCUGGCUUGCAUCAACAUCUCCAGCAUGCGCCAGAUGUUUUUCCAGAUGCAGGAACUUCCACAACUAUGGCGCAUCAGCCGCAUGGACUUUGCUGUGUGGAUGGUCACAUGGGUGGCUGUAGUGACCCUGAGCGUGGACCUGGGCCUGGCCGUGGGUGUGGUCUUCUCCAUGAUGACUGUGGUGUGCCGCACCCAGAGGGUGCAGUGCCUGGCACUCGGACUGGCUGAGGGGACAGAGCUCUACAGGCCACUCACAGAGAGCCACAAGCUCCUCCAGGUCCCAGGACUCUGCAUCCUGAGAGUUCCGACACCCAUCUACUUCGGGACCCGUGGGCAGUUUCGCCAUGACCUGGAGUGGCACCUGUGCCUUGGAGAAGGAGGCAAGGAAAUUCCAGAUGGCUCACCUGGCUCAGUUGCCGAGCCUGUCAGAGUGCUGAUCCUAGACUUCAGUGGUGUCACCUUUGCAGAUGCUGCUGGGGCCAGAGAAGUGGUACAGCUAGCUGGUAGAUGCCGAGAUGCUGGGAUCCCCCUGCUCCUGGCUCAGUGUAAUGCCUUGGUGUUGGGGACACUAACCCGGGCAGGACUCCUGGACAGAGUGACCCCCGAGCAGCUGUUUGUGAGUGUGCAGGAUGCAGCUGCUCAUGCUCUGGAGAGACUGUAGGUCACAGGCCCAAAGAUCUGCACAGUGUGGAUCUGACCCAGUCACGUGCAUGGAAGGCCCCAACAAUGUGUGUGUAAAGAUGGCCAUGGCCCCUGAGCCCCCUCGUUACCUAACACAACUAAUAAAAUGAAGAUGAGA